CGUGGACAAUGGGGACAGUGCGUUACGAGGAGCUGUGGCGAGACUGGCCGCUCUUUGUUUUGCAACCGCUCUUGCCUUGACCUUAAUGUUCUUGUCCCGACUGUUACGAGGAAGACUGGAGCCUCUCGUGACGGCCUUGCCCUUCGGCCCGGAGGACUGCUUGAAACUACCCCCAGCUCUGGGAGAGGAUCGCGCCGUAACCGGGGAAGGCAGUUCAGAAGAAGGCUUGGAACGAAAAGUACCUGUGAAGGAGAGGAAGAGCCUGACGACAAAGAUCCACAUAACAUGGAAGAAUCCAGAUGAAGAUUGUCGAGCGUUGGAUGCUGCCAUUGUUGACGACGAGUAAAGGUCUGGGGUAGACUUCCGGGGAGAAGGAGAUGAAGUGAAUCAAGCUUCGAGAGGCAUGUAUAAAAAGGUGAGGGGCUGACUGCAGCAUCAUUUAGACAAACUCAGAUUCUCUCCAGACCGGUCAACUUGGUUAUUUUGAUUCCGUCGGGCGGGCUGCAAAGCUCGAAAAAGAAAGCCUGGGCUGGGUCCAUAAUGUUUCGCGGGUCCGUGAAUGUGUUGUUGUAGUAUUGCGAGACCGGCGGCACUGUUUAGGCGUCUGAUAGCAAGCACUCCUAGAUUGUGUACCUGGAGAUUCAAUAUCCCCAGGAUUUGUUCUUUACCCUUAUCGUCACAUAUAUUUAUGAUACAAACCGACCUGGACAUAUGGUCAGCGAUACGUC